AUGCUUGACCUACGACUGUUUGAUCUGCUGCUGACGGAUGUAGCAGACGACGACCUCAAAAGAGACAUAUCAACACAGCUUGGCGUACAAUACUUGAGUGAGUCGACACCUGCACAAUCGGAGAUGAAGUGCAACCGCGGUGUCGUUUGGGGCGUCAACAACCGUCUGUUUGUGCCGAUGUCUGUCGGAUUAGAUGCUGAGCCAGUAAACGUCCACUUCCUUGUCGACACUGGCGCCCCAGUCACGUAUCUUUGCAGGAAAGCGUUGAGGGCUUUGGGCGCGGCCGAGUCAGAUAUCCAAAAGGACGGGUUCACCUGGGCAAUGUCUGUCAAUGGAGUCAAUCUUAAGGUGAUCAUGUCGCCAUUGGACAAGCAUUUCCCUGACAUCAAUCUACUUGGGUCUGACUUCCUGGUGACAGCCCGCUGCAUCCUGACUGUGAACUAUGUGGCCAAGACAUGUGUCGUCGAACUUGGUGCUCGCCAUGCUCCGUAG